AGGGGCCUGUGGUUGUUGUGAACACCCGCAGGAGGCGACCCUGGGCUGCUGGUAGCCACUCGUCUAGUCGUCAGGCCAGCAACCUGUCGUUUGGACACUAAACUCUUCUUGCUAACGAAAAGAAUCACUAUGAGAAACCGUGAAGAGUGCAGUUUUCCGAACUUUUUGCGCCACUUUUGGUCGUGUAGAGUCGAACAACAUCUCAUUCGAAAGAGCAUACAAAACUCCAUCGACCUAUGUAUCCGAUUAAAACUUUCGGGUCAAAACUGAGCUUUUAAAGUUCCGAUCAAGUGAAAAAUUCGUGUUUUGAAAACUGAACUUUUUUGAUUGCAAUCAAACUGUCUCACUAUAGUUGAAAGAACCUCCAAAGUCCUUGAUGCCAUCUUGUAGAGCGUUGAAUUCUCUACAAGCUGAGCUAAAGAGCUCAGUUCUGCAACCCCUGUCACAUCUCCGAAAAUGACUAAGAAGGAGAAAAAGUAACACGCUUUAUAAAGCCCAAAACCAGCUGUUUGAAGUUUCUGACCUCAACAACUCACUUUGAAAUUCGUAGAGGUUACAUUCAUGAUCAGCAUGCAAAAAUGCAUCGAAUGAUGUGGUUGACAAGGUUCCACGACGAAAUCGAAUUUUCGGCGAAAAUCUGCUGGAGCCCCACGCCAGACGAGCAUCGAAAAUUCGAUUUUGUCGUGGAACCUUACCGAGCCUAUAACUCAGGAGUUAUUGAGUUUGAAGGUUUAAAAAUGUUUUGAUAACCCCGGUUUUUUGGCGUAGAAUCGAAUGAGCUAAUAAAAAGUAUAUAUUCAUUUUUUCCAUGUUAGGCGGUUUCUACGGCGUGCUCGAUGCGCUGGCGAAUCGUUUUUUAAGCAUUUUCUCUUGAAAUAUUUACACUAUCGACGUGUGGAUCUUCUCUAUAUCUGAAGUACAUUUCAGGUUGCCAAGCAUGAAGCUAUAAAUACUGUUUUAAGUAGCAUCGUGAAAGAUACAUAGACUUUCUUUUUUCAAAUUAUUAUAAGUCACAUCAUAACUUAUUACUUAUUAUUAUAAGUCUACAGACAUACAUAUAACCCGUUCUGUAGUCAAAAGUCACCGUGAAAUUUAUAAUCGCCUUUUCUAAAAGUGAUAUUCUCUAAUCUUUUCUGAAAAAAUUUGUGUGGAAUUUGACCGCUUCCUUUCGCUUUGGUCUCUCCUUCUUCGAUUUCUUAUUGAUUGACAAACAUUCUCACGCUCACUCCUUGAGUCUAGCUUCUUCGCUGCUUCAAAAGUAUCAAAACGAGAUGACAAUUAGUGGUGGUUUAAAACUGCGAAGCUUUUUUUACGUAGUUGGCGUAUACUGAAAGAGAGAAAGAAAAAAGAUUUUAGAAACUCAAACAAUUGUUGGCUAGAACACAACCGCUGAUAUAUGUUACUUCAUCACUGUAGUGAGGGAAUUUUGUUUAAAAUACAUAGAAAAAAUUGAUUUUCACUCGUUCUUUUUCUUUAUUAUUCAGCGCAGCAGAAAAGUAUAGGUUAGAUAUUUUUUUUGCCGUAUAUUUCAGUCGUAUUAUUCAUUUUUAAACACACAACCAAAUUCUUUCUAUGGCAGCGUUUUAUGUACAUACAAUAACAGGUCAUAAAAGUACUUUCAUAUAAUUCUUUUAAUAAAAGGAAAGAAAAAAGUUAGAAAUGUCACUUUUAUAAUAAAUUUAUAAUAUUGGAGUAAGUUGACCAUAAUUAUCGCUUUUACACACAUAGACUUUGUGGCGCUGUUUAUAAAGAGGAACGGAACAGCAAGGUGUUGAAUGGAAAAUCAAUCAUGUUUAUCCUUUUCUUUUAUUAAAACUUUUAGAAAUAACUGUAAAAGCUAUUUUGAAGUUUCAUAUGUCAUUUACCGUAUACACAAAAGUCCCGUCAUUGAAUAAGACACCUUGGUGCUGAGUUUCUGUCGAUGAUCGACUCGGAUCGAGUGGCAACAGAAAAAUUUAGAUUAAAUGUUUGAUUGAGAUAGUUUCUGAUUAGGUAGGAAAAUGUACCAGUAGACCUCGGAUCGGACCACACUAAUUCUGACGAGUGUCGGUUUCUCGUUUCCAUUUUACCAAGAUAUCGUUGUAUAAUAAUCGGUAAUUUUGUUUGAAUUAACCAGAAGUGAUGUGAUAGAAUCAGAGUACACAAUUGUGUUAGGAAGGGCGGGCAGAUAUUUAAAAAGCUGUAUUAACCUAUACUUACUUUACUUUAAAUAAUAGAUUAGAGCAUUCUAGAUCUCAUCAACUUCAAGGUACAAGUUGUUGCCUACAGGCUUCGAUAGUUUAAUUAAAUAAAUUAAAGUUGUCUUAAUUCAUCUUGCUUUUUUUUAGAGAACUGCAAUAAGCUCAAAUGUCUCUCACACAACAACCAAUUCAAACGUAAGAUAUAAUAACUAGUCAGAAAGUUUUUUAAUUUUUGAUAAUUGGUUUUAGAUCGAUAUUUGAAUUAGAACAAGAUCAAUCACGUAUUCAGAAAAAUGAUGCAAAUAUGAUUGUUCAACAACCAAAGAUAGAACAACGUGAUAAUUUUCCUAAACAUCUUCGUGGUGGCGGCGCUUGUUUUGAUUGGUAG